AUGGGAAUUUGCUGUUUAAUUAAAUUGCAAAAGCUGCAUGCAACGAAAACCAACAAACGAAAUGCUCAAUCAAUGAUGAAACAAUCAAAUAUAUUUAAUUUUUUUGGUCUGGAAAAGGAAAGAUCAUCAAAAAACUUGCCGCAUGAUUCAGCAUCAUUUCUAUGGUCUCAAUUAUUACUAAAUGUGUUAAAAAAAUUACCACGAACAGAACUAGCUAAACAAGAAAUGCUUAAUAAAUUUAUCGAUUACUAUAAAGAAAAUGAAAUAGAGCAAAAGAAAAUUGAAUUAUUUCGGUUAACAUAUGAAGCAAGAGAUGCAAUCAAAUGGUUUACAGCAGAUAGUUUUAUUUAUAGACUUGUUAAUAAAGCAUUGAGAAACGAAAACAUUGAUGAUUUAUAUUUAUAUCGAUUUUACAUUAUUGAUUUAUGUACACAACUUGAAGAGGAAAGUAAACAAACUAAACUAACGACUUCAACGUUAUACCGUGGACAAAAGAUGUCUGAAUAUGAACUUGAUAAAUUCCAAAAUCAUAUUGGUAUGAUAAUAUCGACUAAUGGAUUUUUAUCAUCAACACAAGAUCGUAAAGUAGCAUUAACGUACGUUGAAGGAAUGGGUGAAACAGACGAAUUAAAAAAAGUAUUAUUUGAGAUUACAAUUGAUAAGGAUGUUAAUAAUGUGACAUAUGCCGAUGUAGACAGGUUAAGUCAAAUGAAAGGAGAAAAAGAAGUUUUAUUUAGUACUGAUGCUGUAUUUAAAAUUGAUAAUGUUGUUUUUGAUUCUGAUUUAAAAAUAUGGAAAAUUCAAAUGACGAUAAGUGACGAAGGUUCAAUACUUUGUCAACCUUAUAUAACAAAAAAAACAUUGCUGAACUAG